GAAAGGAAAAAAUUCCGAGUUCUGGUUUUUGGGCGUGGCGAUGACGAAGAUUUCGAAUUGAAAGGAUUUGACAUUGCAGCCAAAGCUGUUGCCACCUUAGAUGACACACAUCUUACUUUUGUUGGUGCACCAGAUGGAAAGCAAGACGAGGUUAAAACUCGUUUGCUCAAGUGUGGCAUCCCUGCUCAACGCCUAACUGUCAGAAGCUUUUUACAAAGCCGGGAGAGUUUGAAAAACUUACUUUGCGAAGUGGAUCUUGCAAUCAUGCCUUCGAGAACGGAGGGCUUUGGUUUGACAGGUCUUGAAGCUUUAUCAGCUGGUCUGCCCAUCCUUGUAAGUGGAAACUCCGGGUUUGGAGUUGCACUAUGUGAAGUACCUUUCGGUUCAUACGUUGUGAUCGAUUCAGAGGAUUCCGAUACGUGGGCCAAAGCUAUCAAGGAUGUCCGGAAGAAAAAGCGGGUCAACCGUCUUGAAGAGUCCAAAAUAUUGCGUGCCUUAUACGAGAAGAAGUACAAUUGGGAAGCCCAGACUAAAUCUCUCAUUAGUAACAUGGCCCGCAUAACAGAAGAUUCUCCUGCAGCUAAUCCAAGCUCUUCAAGAAGAACAGAACUGGUUCAACAAACGGAAGUCAUGAGUGAGCGUCUUCCAAGUAUCGUACCUUCUAAGCAUACGUUUGUGGAAACGUCUGUUCUGUCAACAGAUACCCUGCCCAUUGUAGUCAAAAUGAACAGUGUUCAAUUUCGAAAUGCACAAAGCAGGGAUCCUGUGCAACAAGAGGAAGCCAAGCGGCUUAUAAUGAAGGAGAUGACAAAAUGCUUUCUUGAGACACAUGCAUCUCAAGUCCCGGUUGAGAACUACCCUCUUUGCCUUGAUUACUAUUUAAAAGGAGCUCUCGACUUAAUAGUAAGAGAGGCAAUCGAGGGAAGUUUGCUGAUAACAGUGGAAUGCAGGACUCUGGAUAUUCUCGAACGUCUGUGGGGAGACUACUGUUCUGGUCACUUGAAUGCACAAGCCGAGGAACGCCUUUUGACAGAUGAUAUAAAGAAACGAUUUGAUGUGGAAUCCGUUAAGCUAGAAACAACUAUUUUGGAAAAAGAUUACCUGGCUUGCAGGUUGUUCCUAAUGGACAUAUCAGAGGCGAACCAGGACUCGUCAUUGAAGGAAGAUGAAUCACUGCCCCAAGACUAUGCUGACCAAGCUACUGAUGAAACUCAGACUCAAACAGCUGAAGAAGCGGAACCAAUGACGUUGCACUUUGCAGUAAAUUGUAAGUUACAAUCUUUUUGAAGUGGUCACGAAUAUCAACAGAACAUAAGCCACUGAUUAAAUACUUUUUAUGUGCCCUGAGGUCCAGGACAAAUUUGAAGCAUGCAAUCGAGAAGAAAGCUACAGAUAUUUUUUUUAAAUUUUGAGGUGUGCCUCCUUGUUAAACUAAUCCAUUAGUUUAGUAUGGAAACGCUAAUCCCGUUUUCGAGUAAAUGGUGUUGCAGGAGUAUUCCUUAUUAAAAUCCAUCAAUAAUUAUUGGUCUAAACGCGUCACAUGACCGAACAUUC